AUGUCUGGCCGCGAUGAAGCUUCGCCGCCGCACGAUGAUCCCAUCAGUCCGUCAUCCUUCGUGGAACACAUCCGCGAGCUUGGCGAGAAGCGGGACAGGGAAGACCAGGAGCGCAAUCGUUUACUAGAGGAACAAAUUCUGCAAGGUCGGGCUGAGCGUGCCGCCCGGCGAGCUGAACGUCAACGCUCGCUAUCGCCCGAGAAGUCCUCGCCGCCCGUCUCCGUCAAGAGCACGCCGCGCAGCAGCCUGCACCUCGACCCGUCCUCGCCGACCAUGGACGCCCACAACGAUGCGCUGCAGCGCCUGACCGGCCCAACGUCCGAGUCGCCUGUCGACGAAACCUCAACGCCCUCGACGCCCACCAGGUCCAACACCAUGUCCUGGCAGCAGCGCCGCCCAACCUCGACCAGCAGCCGCAGACCGCUCAGCCUGAUCGCUGCCGAGAACAGCGCAUCGCGCUCGCCCGUCCUGGCGCCCGAGCCCUCGACCCCCGCCGACGACACCGCCUCGAGGUCACAAAUCGCACAGUCGCUGGGCUCCAAGGAUCCCGCGUGGUUCAGGCAAACCCCCGACCGCGGCAUUGGCUCGCCCGCAAACCGCCGCAGCCGCGAGGACGACGACACCGCCUCGAUAUCGGACAAGCGACAGCUGCCCGGCAUGUCGCGCGACACCGCCGCUGAACGCCCGGCGAGUCCACACGCCGAGAGCGUGCGCUCCAGCUCGCCGUCCAGAGCGAGCUCCGUGCGCGAUAGCGCUGUUUCUAGCAACAGAUUAUCUCGCGACACGUCAGUAUCCGGCUACAGUGCGUCUGAGAUCAAGUCCCCGCUGCCCAUGCUCGAGUCGCAGCGGUUCCGCCCUCCCCCCUCCGAGCCCGACGACACCGAGCACGGCCCAUCCGAGCGGAAUACGGCCAUGUCGCCGUCCAUGGGACGAAUGUUGCCGGAGCGCACGCCGUCCCCGACCAAGGGAAUGGGAGGAUUUGUGCAGAGUGCAAUGAUGAGACGUUCGGACAGCGUGAACAAAAGAUGGAGCGUGCAAACCUCUGGAAGUCUUAGCAGACAGAAUUCCACUGCUGGCACUGGUGCGUUCGGCGGUGUAAGCACACCGAAGCUGGACACAAAGCCGCGUUCCCGUGGCCACUCUAUUGAGCGACCCAGCUCAAGUCACAGCAACACGACGGAGAAAGGUGAGGGCGCUGAGGAGUCAUUCACAAGGCCGAACAAGGCCUUCCGCCACAGCAGAGGAAAGUCGGUCGGCUCCAUCACACAGCUUGGAGAGAACCGCUCAGGCCCCAACUCCCCUGCAAGCCCGUCCAAGAGGUGGAGCCGUAGCCCUACAAAGUCAAGUUGGCUUGAAAGUGCUUUGAGUACCAAACCUGAAUCGCCUAAGCCGAAACCCCAGCCUGAGCAGCCGAGUUGGAUGGCAGAGAUCAACAGGAUUAAAGCUCAGAAAGCGAGUGUAGAUCUCUCCAAGCCUGAGAAAACUGAUACAGAUGCACCAGCCACUCCAACUAGCCCUACCAAAUUCCCCAGCCGCGACGCUCUCCGCAGACCAGAAUCACGAGGAUCUGCACAGGGGGCCGUUGCGCAAUCGCCCGAUUUGGGUCAGGGUCCGCCCGAGAAAAUUACCGACCGUGAACAACUUCCUGCUCCUGAAUCGGCCGGACACAUAGCAUCUACGCCCAAAGGACAGCCAGACACCCUGUCAUCUCCCAAAAUGGAGACGGCGAAGGACUCUGCUGCCAGCCCAACGUUGGGAAGCCCCGCCGACAAGGCCGAGAAGCCGGCCGUUGGUGCCAAAUCGCCCGGCCUCCGCGGGGCUAACCCCCCUGCAUCCAAGCCUGAGGAGUCGAAGCCAGACUUCCGCUCCGCAUUGAAGCACCGCCAACGCCAGUCUGAGAGCGUGAAGAAGGAAGAGUUGGAGUUCCAAAAUGUAUUCGGCAAGCUCAGGAAGACGCACACCGAGAAGUUCGUCGCUCCGGACACGUUUAAGGAGAAUAUCAACCGAGGCAAGGAUGGCCUCAACAUUACCGGUGGCCCGGCUCCGCGCGUGAAGAAGGAUGAGUUCAGGGACAGCCUUGUCAAGCAGAGGCAAUCCAUUCAGAUGAAGGCGGAAGAGAGCGGGGGUUUGCACGUCAGAACGGGGUCUCUCGCGAAGCCCGCAGAGCCUAUUGCGGAGGCUCUGGAGAAGCGCAAGCUCCUUGGCCGCAACGGAAGCGUCUCCAAGUUUCCGACCUCGCCAACAAAGGAGGAGCCGCCUCCCGCAGAGCCUAAGCAGUCGACCGAAGCACCGGAAGCUUCGGAAAAGCCUGUUUCGCCCGCGAAGGAAGAGCCUCCCGCCAAACCUUCUUCGCCCGUAAAGGAAGAGCCUCCCGCAAAACCUUCUUCGCCCGUAAAGGAGGAGUCACCGGCCAAACCGACUUCACCUGUCAAAGAAGAGGCCCCUGCCAAACCAGCUUCACCCACGAAGGAUGAGCCUCCAGUCAAACCGGCUUCUCCCAUUAAAGAUGAGCCUUCGGCAAAACCCGCUUCGCCAGCAAAGGAAGCACCUCCAGCCAACGAAGCCCUCGCGAAGUUGAGGAGCAUGCGCGAAAGGAAGGCCACUAUUUCAUCCAAACCGGAUACGGCCCCAAAGGAUGCUGACGCUCCGGCAAAGCCAGUCGGAAAGCUUCCGGGGAAGCUGGCACUGGCGGAUCGAUUCAAUAACCUGCCUGACGCCUCAAAGCCUGCCCCGAUACCAGGCAGGCCCAGCCUGAAGCCUAGCGAUGCAUCUUCGCCAUCCAAGCCGACCGCCAAAGUUCCUGGAAAGCUUGCAGAUCGUUUCAACGCCACGGACUCCUCCAAGCCUGCUUCAAGCGCAACCGAUGAGCCUGCGGGCAAACUUUCAAGCAGGGCAUCCGGAAAGCUAGCCGAUCGCUUCAACCCUAACCUAGCUGCUAUGCUUGCUCGCGGCGGGCCUUCCCCUGGAUCUACCAAGGAGCUUACACAUAUGACCAAGGGCCGCGCUCAGAUCGCAUCCCCACAGCCUGUCCGGAAAGCUUCAGUUGUUGCAAACGUUGCUCUCGUCAAGGACCAAGACGUUUUACCGAGCUCUCCCACCAAGACCGAGAAGCCUGAAGAGUCCAAGCCUGCUUCGCCACCUCUAGAGUCGAAGCCCAAGCCAGUCGCCCCCGCCAAGUCAGCUGAGGUAUCGAGGAGGGUGUCGGCUAAGCUCGACAGCCCCACGGAGCCUCCAGUCCCCGCCAAGAGCCCCGAGUUGUCGAGGCGUAUCUCCGCGAAAUUCGAGCAGCCCGCUACGCCGCCGUCGCCAGGUGUGAAGAGUCCAGACCUCGCAAGGAGAAUCUCCGCUAAAUUCGAGCAGCGAAAAUCUCCUCCACCUGAGCCGUCUACCCCGAAACCGUCGGAAAUGUCCAAGAAAGCCUCCGGCAAAUUCGACUCUCAGCAGUCCACGAUGGAGCUGAACUUGUCCGAGGAAACCAAGACCGAUUCGCCCAAGAAGGUCGAGACUCCUACCGAAGAAGCUGCUCCAGCCAAGCCCGCUUCUCCCACGAAGGUCGAGUCGCCAGUCAAGCGGGCAAGUCUUCCCAAGAAGGAACCCGAGAUUAAGCCCGCUCCCCCCACAAAGAUCGAGUUGCCAGUCAAGCCGGCCAGCCCUCCCAUGAAGGAGCCCGAGAUCAAGCCCGCUUCUCCCGCGAAGGUCGAGUUGCCAGUCAAGCGGGCAAGUCUUCCCAAGAAGGAACCCGAGAUUAAGCCCGCUCCCCCCACAAAGAUCGAGUUGCCAGUCAAGCCGGCCAGCCUUCCCAAGAAGGAGCCCGAGAUCAAGGCUGCUUCUCCCACGAAGGUCGAGUCGCCAGUCAAGCCCGAAAGCCCUUCCAAGAAGGAGCCUGAGAUCAAAGCUCCCUCACCCAAGGCUGAGUCACCCAUCAAGCCCAGCAAUGCCCCGGCUAAGUCGGAUACCAGCGCCAAGUCGGAUAUCGCGAAGAGAAUCGCUGCCCUCAAGCAAGGGGGUGAUCAAGCUGGCCCCUCGCAGCCUGGUUCCCCAAAGCCCCUCUUCUCUGGUGCAUCCCGGUUGAGCAAGGAUAUCAAGUCUCCCACGAGCCCGUCCGGGUCAAACCCGAGCACUCCGACCGUUGAGUCUCCCAAGCCGCAGAAGCCGCUGCCACAGACUCCUGCUGCUGAAGAAGAAGCAAAGCCUCCGACUCCCGCUAAAGAUCAGCCUGAGACCAAAAGCGCUUCGGUUAAGAACGCCGCUGCAAUGUGGGGGCGCCAGCCCGAAUCUGCUUCUCCUGAUACACCCAAAGUGAAGUCGCCCAUCAAGCUUCCCACGAGGAAGGAUGAGCAAGAGGCCAUGGAGAAUGCUGGUCUGGUAAAGCCAGAGGAGCCCAAGCCCAUCGGCCUUGGAAUUGCCGCUCUGACCAACAACAAGGAGAGCUACGUUCCUACUCCUAGCGUCAGGAUUAGCAAGGAGCUUCCAGCGCCGCCGACCAAGACCCCCAUGUCUCCUCCGACCUCCGCCGGAGCUCCUCCUCCAAAGCCAGUGAAGAAGGACUCUAUCUCCUCGAUCCGCAAGCCUUCUCAGGAGUCGCCUAUUCCCCAGCAAUCCGAGGCCGGGCAGCUCUUUGCGGAAUUCUUCGAUGACGCCCCGGUCACUUCCGGCAAGCUGGACGUUGACGCGCACAGUGCUCUUACCAAGAGCCCGCUUAGUGGAGAUAGGGUCAAGACCUUGAAGAAGGAGAUCCAGGAGAUUUCGGGAGACGGCAAGCUGACGCCCAUCCCACCUCAGGAGGAGCAUAUUCUCUUUGACAACUCGAUGUACCUCUGCAACCAUGCGUUUGCAUCUUCGAAUGGUGCAAAGCACACCGAGGUUUACCUUUGGACUGGCUCUGCUGUGCCGGAGCCGGCGGUCGAAGAUGCCCAGCUGUUCGCGCGUAAGGCUGCGCGCGAUGUGGGCGGCAAGCUCCUCAUCAUCCGACAGGGCAAGGAAUGCCCCAACUUCUUCCAGGCCGUUGGAGGAAUCCUCGUUACCAGGAAAGGAAGUCGCACCGAUCACUCCAAGCAGUAUAUGCUUUGCGGCCGCCAGCAUUUGGGCCACAUGGCCUUCGAUGAAGUCGAGCUGUCGAUCAACAACCUUUGCUCAGGCUUCCCGUACCUCGUUUCAUCUCGUACUGGACUUCUCUCUGGAAAGAUUUUCCUGUGGAAGGGCAAGGGAUGUACCGCUGAAGAGCUCGGAUGCGCCCGUCUCAUCGGCAUGGAUCUUGGCCUGACGCCCGAGAUUGAGGAGGUCGAAGAGGGCCUGGAGCCUGCCGCAUUCCUUGAGGUCUUCCCUAAACCCGAGAACGGCAAGGAGAAGAAGGUGCCGCGUUCGGCGGACCACUGGAGGCUUAAGGCCAAGCACGAGAAGUAUGGCGUUCGUUUGUUCCGCAUUGACGAGAAGCCGGUGCAAACCGGCGGUAGCUUCCAGAACAAUUCCGGUCCUGCCGCUAGUGGUGUACCGAAGCCGAACAUGACGGCGGAUGUGGUGGAGAUUGCGCCGUUCAGCCAGAUGGACCUCGAGGCUGAGAACAUUUACGUUCUCGAUGCCUUCUUCGAGAUUUACAUCAUUGUCGGCGCUCUUUCCCGCGGCCAGUCGCACGCCUUCAGCACCGCCCUCAUGUUCGCCCAGGAAUACGGUAUCCUGGCCGCGUCGCUUCAGGACAGGCCCUUCAUUCCCGUCUCGACCGUCGUCCUUGAGGGCGUGCCGCGCGACAUGAAGGCCGUCUUCCGCUGCUGGGAGGACCAGAUGCAGCCCACGGCCGCCCUCAUGGCCGGCAAGCCGCGCCGCGGCAAGAGCCUGCGCAUCGUCGGUCUGCAGGCCGCCAUCGCCGCGACCAGGGAGAACGGCGCCGCCUCGUCUUCAGCGAUCAUCUAA